AUGUCUCUUCUCCCUAUCGACCCGGCCGACUUUCCGGAUGUCCCGACUCGAAAAGCUCUGCUGGCCAUAGACUUCCAGAACGACUUUCUCUCCGAGGAUGGUGCACUUCCUGUAAAGCAGCCCGAGGGCAUGGUCGACAGGGUCAUCGACCUGGCCGAGGCCAUCCGUGACUCUGGCUAUGGUGAGGUUAUUUGGGUACGCAGCCAGUUCGAGGCCAACCGUUCAGCAGGUGACCAGCAGAUCAUGGUCGCGGACACGCCGCAACUGCCCAUGAGGCCCGGGGCCGCUGCCGCUCGCAUACGCAAAUCGCCAUCCGCAGCCUCGCCUGUCGAGAACGACCCGGAGGCCUUCCUGAGCGUUGUGGGAGGCCAGGCUGGGAAGACCAAGCCCCAGUGCGUACGCAAGGGCACCCGAGGUGCAGAGCUGCUACCUCCCAUCGCCGCGGCCAAGGGACCAGGCGACUACGCCAUGACCAAGAGCUACUAUUCUGCUUUCCAAUCUGGGCAGCUGCUUGAUCUGCUGCGGAGGAAGUUUGCUACAGAACUGUACAUCUGCGGCUCCAUGUCCAAUGUCAGCGUGUAUGCGACCGCUCUCGCCGCCAGCUCGCACGGCUUCAGCAUCACCAUCGUGGAGGACUGCUGUGGCUACCGGAGCGAGAUGCGCCAUAUGAACACGGCUAGGAAGUUGAUGGAGCAGACCGGAUGUGAAUUCACCACAGCGGCCGACGUCAGAUCUACGCUCCUACCGGGAGCCCCUUCAUCAUCUAGGGAGCCCAGGGAGCGCAGUCCUCCACACCUUCUCUCCUCACUAGACAAACUGAAGCUAAGCUCCGAAUCUCCAGAGCCUGCCAAAAUCUCUCAGCCUGUCAAUGACACACCUGCCGUCGAGGUCAUCACACUGGAGCCCGAAGAUGACUCAUCCCAGCCCAAGGAUGAGCCGCCGCUUCAACCCGUGGUGACAGCCCAGGACGCCAAGGCUGGGGGCGCAGAUGCGCAGGAACAGAAAAGGGCUGAUCAUGACCUUGGCCGAGAAUUUGUCGUGCCAGAGCAGACAAAAGAACCCACCAAGGCUGGCGAAGCACCAGAACGUCUUGGCGAUAAAAAGAGCGGCGGAACCACGGCGAGAGAAGUAGCUGCACAAGGAAAUAGAUCCCACGUCUCAUCGACAGGGACCAACGAAACCGCAUCCACAGAACACGAGGCCGAUAACGCAAGGCCUCACGCGCCUCCAAAAAUGGAAAUCCUUAUCUCAGAAACCUUAUUGAUGAUGCCAACACCAGACGAUGUCCUGGAAGAAGCUCGGGUCCAUCGAUCAAAGACAGAUUUUCCGUCUGCAUCCUCAUUGAUCAACACAAAGCUCGCCACUCAGCAAGUCGGAUCCUCAGCAGACAAGAUUGCGCUCUGUGAGGGAGAUACGACUCUGACUCUGGACUUUCUCCCGCCAUGCCUCAUCGAGGGCCUUUUCGAGCGAUUGUGUUAUGAGGUGCACUUUAAGAAAAUGCUGCACCAAGGCGGCGAGGUGCCCCGCUUCGUCGCGGUCCAGGGUCAAGUUGAUGAGGACGGUACGGAGCCGGUUUACAGACAUCCCAGCGACGAAUCACCACCUCUAGCGCCGUUCACACCCGCGGUGGAACAGAUCAGAUUGCAUGUCGCUCGGACACUGGGCCAUCCAAUCAACCACGUUCUGAUUCAGUGCUAUCGGAAUGGCAACGACUACAUAAGCGAGCACAGCGACAAGACACUUGAUAUUGUCAGGGGUUCUUACAUCGCAAAUGUCAGUCUCGGUGCCGAGAGGAUAAUGAUCUUCCGGCAGAAACGAGGCGAGAGAAAGGACCCUACUCCGCCCUAUUCACAACGUCAAACUAUACGCUGCCCUAUGCCACAUAACUCUCUUAUCAAGAUGGGCCUCAUGACCAACGAAAAAUGGCUCCACGGUAUCCGUGCCGACAAGCGACCCCAAACUGAAAAGUCCCAGUCCGAGCUCGCCUGGAAUGGGAUCCGCAUCAGCCUCACUUUCCGCUUCAUCGGAACGUUUCUGACACGCCUUUCCCCAGGCGGCGCCGCCCUCAAAGAGCCACUUAUCUGGGGUCAGGGUGCGACCUCUAAAGUUCCCGAGACAGCCAGGCCAGUUGUCAAUGGGCAGACGCCGCAGGCCAUCCCAAUGCUCAAGGCUUUUGGAAAAGAGAAUCACAGUCCUUCUUUCGACUGGGAAGCAAACUAUGGGCGCGGGUACGACGUGCUGCAUAUGAAGUCUGCGCCACGUUACUUCGGGUGCGGCGACACGAUUGUUGAUGGCCGCGUCCGAAUUAUGCUGGCUGAGUGCGGCGUGAAGUAUGCAAGAGGUGAUAUUGGCUUCGAUACCAAGCAGAAGACUGGCAGCCAUAGCGGACUGCCGUUGGUACGUGGCGCCGAGGCCGGCGAGUUGGUACCUGUCAAGUUCUUGGUAGAUGAUGCGGAUCGCACUCCGGCGGUAGGCGACGCUGCUAUCCUCCUUUACCUCGACAUGAAGCACCCGAGGAAGAGACGCAGCGAUGGUGAGAUUGCAGACAUAUACAGCCGGUUCUAUGCUGCCCUUGCCCUAGAGCAGCGAUGGAAGCAGCUUUGGCACGCCGAGAAGUGCAGCGAGAAAGCCCAACUUAGAGAGGCAAUCGCCAGCCUGGUCAAGGCAGAACUUUCUUCGUUUAACAGGUGGGCAACGCCGCUGGCUGGCAGUCCUGGCCGAGAUGCAUUUGUGGGCAUCGCCGGUGGUGCAGAGCCGAGCAUUGCUGAUUAUGCGCUCUGGCCUGUGCUGCAUGACAUGGCUAUAGCGUGGAGUGUGGACCUGGGCUUCCAGGUCACUCCGGGCCGUUCUGUGUUUGGUCACCUGAAAUGGACGGCGCUCGAGAAUUACUAUGUCGACUUCGCAGCUAGGAAGAGUGUGAUGCAGGUCUUUGGGGAGAAGGUCAUCCCAACGCCUGAGCACAGGGACAAUGGGCCCCCGACCCAGGAAGAUGGCGCGACUGAUGCCGAGAAAAAGACGCAAGCCCUGAGCUAUACCUGAGUAAUAGGAAGUUGUCAGAUCUUGAGAAGGUUGGAGGAAGUUGGUUAAACGAUGGGAGCGACGAGAUUUUACGUUAUGAAACUUCACGCUGACAGAUAUUCGGGAAGGGAGAAAAUCCACAAUCUAACAGAGGGCAGUAUCACCAUCGGUGAACCCACGAUAGACAGCUUAUCGAGGUGAGCAUUCAAUGGUCGUAGGGGCACACAUAGCACAGGACAUACUAGCAUAGCGAUGGUAGGGAAUCAGAUUCUUAUUCUUUCUUC